AUGAAGAACGUCUCGGGAGCAGCCCUGCUGUUGUUGCUGUUGUUCUUCACGCCGCAAGCACAGGGAACAAGCAUCAGCCCUCCGGAGAAGCCUGCUCUGACCAGAUGUCGUUCUCCUGAAAAAGAGACCUUCACCUGCUGGUGGGAGCCAGGAUCUGACGGGGGGCUGCCCACCACCUACGCCCUGUACUAUCGCAAAGAGAACUCUGAUACAGUGUACGAGUGUCCCGACUACCACACGGCCGGGGAGAACUCCUGCUUCUUCAACAAGAACGACACGUCCAUCUGGGUCAACUACAACAUCACUGUGGUGGCCACCAACGCGCACGGCAGUACCUUCUCCGACCCCGUGGACAUAGAUGUGGUCUACAUCGUCAUGCCUAAUCCUCCAGAGAAGGUAGCGGUGACUGUGUUGGAGGACAAGGGCUGGCCCUUCCUCCGGGUGUCAUGGGAACCGCCACACAAGGCCGACACCCGCUCCGGCUGGAUCACUCUGAUCUACGAGCUCCGCAUCAGGUUGGAUGGAGAAGAUGAGUGGGAGAUGCACCUUGCAGGACAACAGAAGAUGUUUAAUAUUUUCAGUCUGCGGUCAGGUGGUACGUACCACGUCCAGGUGCGCUGUAAGCCCGAUCAUGGUUUUUGGAGUGAAUGGAGUUCCACCUUCGACGUCAAAGUUCCCGACUAUUUCUAUCGGGAGAAGUCAACGUGGAUCCUCAUCACGGUCUUUUCUGCCUUCAUCUUCCUCAUCCUCGCGUGGUUGUUACACAUGAACAGCCACAGUCUGAAGCAUUGCAUUCUGCCACCUGUCCCUGGUCCUAAAAUCAAAGGAUUUGAUAAACAACUUCUAAAGAGUGGCAAGUCUGAGGGGAUCUUCAGUGCGCUGGUGGUGUCCGAUUUCCCCCCGACCACGUUGUCCAACUGUGAGGACUUUCUGGUGGAGUACUUAGAGGUGUACAUCCCAGAGGAGCGGGAGCUGAUGCUGGAGGAAAGCAAGGAUCUGCACGAUAACUGCCUCAAAUCCGGGGGCUCCACGUACGACAACGACUCCGGCCGGGGAAGCUGUGACAGCCACACUCUGCUGAUGGAUAAGUGCGGAAGGUUAAAAGAGGAAGAGAGGCGAACAGAUCAGGAGAAAAGUCCGAUGGAGGCUCAGAGGCACCAGAAAAAAUGGAACGACGGUGCGUUGACCUAUUCUCCUGAUGAUAUCGUUCGCCCCGACAUGUCCAGUGGACGGGUGAAGACAUGGCCGUCUGUGUUUUCGCCUCUACCUCAGUACAGCUCACUGACCCAAAUGAGCUUGCUUGAGAGGGCGAAACAGCACUGCCUCUCCGACAGCCUGAUCCUCCCAAGCUCCUCGUCCUCCUACCUCACCCAGCCUGGCCACGGCAACAAUAAGGAGGCUCUAGGACCAAGCUACUGGGAAAAGAAACAUCACUCACUCCAUCCCCAGACGCAGGCCCUCUGGCAACUCCAGGCCCACAGCGAGGUCAACAUCUCUAAAGUCGGCCGCAAACAAGUGCCCGUUGGUCUGCAGCCACUCGCUCUGCAGCCGCUCGCUCUCCGGCCCACCGAGUAUGUCGAAGUCCAGAGGGUCAACAAGGAGUCCAUGGUGCUCUUGCAGCCCGUCAUGUCGGACUGUGGCGCCGGCUGCCCCCAGCCGGGCCAGGAGGAGGACUACAGCAAGGUGAAGGGGGUGAACGGUGACAACGUGCUGCUUCUCCAGAGAGAGGUGGCGGGACACGAGGCGGAGAGGUGCCCCUGUGAGGACCAGGAGAUGAAUGGAGCGACGGAGAGCUGCCUCCCGUCAUCCAUCGUUUCCCAGAAGCCUGCAGCCUGCUUUCACACUAGCACGCCAGUCCGGGAUGACACUAGCCUGGCAGUGAGUGGCUAUGUUGACACUGCCACCAUAUUUACUACUUACUAG